UCUCGAGUCAUUUCUCUGCAGCUAAACCCCUGCGGCUUUCGGUUCCAGAAACUUCGCUCAUCGAUUCAGGUUAAGACGUCACUGCUAGAAAUAUGGCCAAGCAUCAUCCUGAUUUGAUCAUGUGCCGGAAGCAGCCAGGAAUAGCUAUCGGUCGACUUUGUGAGAAAUGUGAUGGGAAGUGUGUGAUUUGUGAUUCAUACGUCCGUCCUUGCACACUUGUCCGAGUUUGUGAUGAAUGCAACUAUGGAUCCUUUCAAGGCCGUUGUGUCAUCUGCGGUGGUGUUGGUAUUUCUGAUGCUUACUAUUGCAAGGAAUGUACUCAGCAGGAGAAAGAUAGGGAUGGCUGUCCAAAGAUUGUCAAUCUUGGUAGUGCAAAGACCGAUCUGUUUUAUGAACGUAAAAAAUAUGGUUUCAAGAAGAGAUGAGAGUCGGAUACCUCUUUCACCCUUCGGUGAAGUUCACUACUGGAGUUAUGUACUAGUAUGAUG